AUGAAAUUUAUAUAUCCGCAACGAAUUCUAUUGAAAUUUCAAGUAUACCGACAAAUUGCGUAUUCGUACAGCACGCUAACGUCACAAUCAGAACAGAAAAACACAGCAGAUAUCGGGAUAGAAACCAAUCAUGUAUCAAACAACCUAGCAUAUUCUCAUGGCCCGAGUCUUAUUCCAUUGUUAGGUGAAACAAUUGGUGAAAAUCUUCGUAAAACCGUUGAAAAGUAUUCUAGUAAUGAUGCAUUGAUCGCUUUUUCUUCUAACUAUAAAUUAACGUAUCAGCAAUUAUGGGAUCAAAUCACAAGGCUAUCAAAAGGUCUAAUACACAUGGGUAUUCGGAAAGGUGAUCGUGUAGGCAUGUGGUCACCAAAUCGAUUUGAAUGGAUUAUUGUUCAGUUUGCCACGGCUCGUAUUGGUGCAAUACUUGUUAAUAUUAAUCCAUCAUAUCGAAUUCAUGAAUUGGAAUAUGUGUUAAAUCAUGCACAAGUAAAAUUGAUUAUAGCAGCAAAACAUUUCAAAACAAGUGAUUACGAACAAUUAUUGUAUACAGUACAUCCAAAUUGUUUGAGUUUAGAAAAAAUAAUUAUUAUUGAAAAUGAUUGGCAUCAUUUGAUGACAUGUGGAAUAACGACGAUUUCUGAUCGAGAGCUUGAUGAAAUAGAAGCAAAACUUCAAUUUGAUGAUCCUAUUAAUAUUCAAUAUACUUCUGGAACUACUGGAAAGCCAAAAGGUGUUACAUUAUCACAUCAUAACUUGUUAAAUAAUGCUUAUUUUGGAGCAAAAAGAUUGAGAUAUACCGCAAAUGAUCGUAUUUGUGUUCCCGUCCCAUUUUACCAUUGCUUUGGAAUGAUUAUCGGAAAUCUAGCUUCGGCAACAUGUGGUGCAUGUAUCGUGAUACCAUCAGAAGCAUUCGAUCCUGAACAAGUAAUGAAAUGUGUUAGUCAAGAAAAGUGUACAUCGCUUUAUGGCGUACCAACAAUGUUUAUUGCACAAUUAGAUCAUCCUAAUUUCAAAAAAUAUGAUUUUAAUUCGUUGAGAACAGGUGUUAUGGCUGGUACUAUUUGUCCAGUGGAAACAAUGAAACAGGUACAACAACAAAUGAAUAUGAAAGAAGUUGGUAUUUGUUAUGGAAUGACAGAGACAUCACCCGUCUCAGUACAAACAUUUCACGACGAUUCACUUGAAAAACGGGUAACAACAGUUGGAAAAGCAUUCGAUCAUGUUGAAAUAAAAAUUGUAAAUCCUAACACAAACGAAACUGUUCGACGAAAUGAAACAGGCGAACUGUUGACAAGAGGUUAUCAUGUAAUGCUUGGUUAUUGGAAUGACAGAUCAGCUACAGAAAAAACAAUCGAUCAAGCACGAUGGUUAAAAACUGGUGAUUCAGCGAUUAUGGAUGAUGAAGGUUAUAUUCGUAUAGUUGGACGAAUUAAAGAUUUAAUUAUACGUGGCGGUGAAAAUAUUUAUCCAAUAGAAAUUGAAAACUUUUUAUAUAGACAUCCGGCAGUGAGUGAUGUACAAAUAAUUGGUAUACCAAGUAGAAAAUAUGGUGAAGAAGUUAUGGCUUGGGUACGAUUAAAAUCAGAAGUAGGAGAAAUUAGUGAUAAGGAUCUAAUUGAAUUUUGUUCAAAUCAAAUUUCACAUUAUAAAAUACCAAAAUAUUGGAAAUUUGUUCAAGAUUUUCCUCAAACAAUUUCGGGAAAAAUACGAAAAGUAGAAAUGAGAGAAAUAUCUAUUCAAGAAUUAAAUUUGAAAAAUGAGAAGAAUUAA